AUGCUCGUUUUUCAUGCCGGGAUGUUGAGGUUAUUGGCCUUUGCGUCGAUCGCAGGUGCCUCAAUUGACUUCACAAGCCUCCCACCCCAUCCGCGUUUGAUGUUCACCGAUAAACGGGUCCAAGCUGUGCUGUCAAUGAGCGAAACAGACCUGUACUACCAGAAUGUUCUUGGAUAUUUGGAGAAGACAGCAAACACUGCGAUUGAGACUCCUCUAUCGCUGUCGUCGUCAAGCUCAUGGUCCAGCACCAUUCGGCUAAAUGUGGGUGCGACAGCAGGCAUGUAUCGAUUGACGAAUGAUACUGCCUACUCCGAUUGGGUGAUCGAAACAAUUCUUACGGUAACCGAUCUCCCAGAUUGGAAUCCAUCGAAUUUCUUAAACACGGCAGACAUCACCAUGACAGUCUCCCUGGGCUACGACUGGGUAUAUGAUGAAUUGACCGAGGCCCAGCGGGAGGCAAUUGAGACAGCGAUGGCUGAAAAGUCUUUCGUGCCGGCGCUUAACUCCUCAAUCAAUUCGUGGAGUGAGCAUACAAAUAAUUGGGCACAGGUGACACAUGGCUGCUUGAUCAUUGGCACUCUGGCCGUAGGGGAUGUCAACGAAACUCUUGCAAAUCAAAUCAUAGACUUUUCAGUUCCAAAAUUACAAGUCUCUUUGGAGCAGUAUGCCCCUGAUGGCGGUUGGAUCGAGGGCUACUCCUAUGGAACAUACGCUGGCAUAUUUUUGGGCCUGAUGAUGGGCUCGCUGGACAGUGCACUGGGAAGCGACCUUGGCAUCUCGAGCCUUUCAGGAAUGCAGAACCUGGGCGCUUGGUUAACCCAUGGAUUUGGUCAAACUGGGGGGUUUAGCUGGGCUGAUGGAGCGUGGACAUUCUCGAAUGCCAACAGUUUGUGGAGCGUCGGGUAUUGGGCGACGCGAUUCAACCAGGCCGGAUGGUUACAGGGAAUGUUAUCGAGAUUUACAGCCGCUCAAGCGGCAACCUUCCAGGCAUUUCUUUUCUAUAACGCCACACUGAACACUACCAAUGUCCUGUCUGAUAUGCCACGGUAUGAGCAGUUUGAGAACGUUGCAGGAAUGACCUACCGAACCUCGUGGACUAACUCAAACGGCUGGUUCUAUGGUUUUAUGGGAGGAUACAACGGACGCUCUCAUGGUCAUUUAGACGCUGGCUCCUUCGUCAUAGACUAUAAGGGAUAUCGAUGGGCUGAACUUUUGGGUUCCGACAGUUACAGUCUCACAAAUUACUUUGUUGCGCCGCGACGUUGGACAUACUACCGCUGCCGCUCAGAAGGUGCUAAUACUCUGAGCAUUUCGGACACAGCUCAGACUGCACUGCAUUUUGCAAAUCAGAUUCCGUCCGCAAACAACUCUUUACUCUGGGCGGGUAGCUUUGACUCAUCCAGUCGCUUUGGGGUUGCGAACCUCACAGAGGCAUAUUCCAACGUCACGACCAGCGUACUUCGCGGGGUAGGGGUUCUCAAUGACUCGCAGUUUAUAGUUCGAGACGAAAUAAUUGCGCCCGAAGCAGUGGACAUUGCUGCUAGCUGGCAUACGACUGCGGAUAUCACUUUGGGCACGGACAAUCGUACUGCGACUCUAGUCCAGGGUGAUAUCACGAUGGAAAUCACGUUACUAUUGCCCUUGAAUGCGCAUCUUGAACUCGUUGAUACAAAUCCCUGCAAUGCUUAUACAAGUUGCUCCGAGAUGACUAAUAAUGGCAUAUACAACGUUGCCGUACGUCUGCCGAGUCUGACUACCGAAGCUACGAUUCUCCUGGCUCUUGCAGAGCCCGGGGCCACUAUUGACGAGUUUAAUCACCCGCUUACGACUUGGUACUCCUUGUGUACUGUUGACUGCUGGAAAGGAGAGAAUGUGGAGGAUCCUUAUUGGCUUCAGGAUGCUGAAACAUAUUAUUAG